GGAGCAAUAUCUUUCAAUGGCUUCAUCAACUUUGUCUCAAAAUCUCUCCCUAUUCUCUUUCCAGAAGCAACAAAACUUGGCACCCACACAGUUCAUAUGGCCAAAAGAAGAUCUAAUUCAAGCCCAAGAAGAGCUCAAUGCCCCGGUCAUCGAUCUCGCAGGAUUCUUAUCUAACGAUAAGAAAGUGAUUGAUGCCACCAUUGAGCUCCUCCGUGCUGCUUGCAUGGAACAUGGAUUUUUUCAAGUGAUCAAUCAUGGAGUCGAUGAAGCUGUUAUUCAAGCGGCUCAUGAUGAAAUCGAUACGUUGUUUGAUCUUCCUACUGAGGAGAAGUUGAGGCUGAGGAGGCAACGUGGGAGUGUUUGGGGAUACUCUGGUGCCCAUGCAGAUCGAUUCGCGAAAAAUUUGCCAUGGAAGGAGACUUACUCGUUCAGAUUCGAUCAUGCUAGUAAGCCUGAGGAGAAGAUUGUUGUCGACUACUUUGAUUCUGUCCUCGGAGAUUCUUUUAAAAAAACAGGAAUGGUGUAUCAGAUAUACUGUGAGCAGAUGAACAAGCUAGCAAUGACUAUCUUUAAGCUCUUAGAGACUAGUUUAGGUGUGGAAGCAGAGGAGUAUUACAGUAAAUUGUUCAAAGAAGGGACUUCUAUCAUGCGGUGCAACUACUAUCCUCAAUGUGAGCAGCCCGAGCUAGUCCUCGGGACCGGUCCUCAUGCUGAUCCGACAUCAAUAACCAUACUUCAUCAAGAUCAAGUCGGAGGCCUUGAAGUAUUUUCCGACAACAAAUGGCAAUCAGUCCGUCCUUGCCCUAACGCCCUUGUUAUCAACAUUGGCGAUACAUUAAUGGCAUUGAGCAAUGGAAAAUACAAAAGCUGUGUGCACAGGGCAAUGGUGAAUAGUGAGAGGACAAGAAGGUCUAUGGUGUAUUUCGUCAACCCGAAAGAGGACUUGGUUCUGAGAGCUCCUGAGAAGAUUGUUGAGGCUGAUGGAGUGGAAAGAAAGUAUCCUGAUUUCAAGUGGGCUGAUUUGUAUGAGUUUACUCAGCGUCACCACAGAGUGGAUGGUGCUACUCUUGAGAACUUCUUUCGGUGGCUUCAUCCUUCUCCUUCUAAUUAGGCCAUAAUCCCCUGCCCCCAAUAUUCAAGUGACUCCUCAGUCUGUCGUUAAUUUCUAGAAGUUUAUCUUUUAUCUUUUGGUGUA